UAGGCUCUUCAUCAUUAGGGUCUCCAAAAGAGGAAGGCUACUGAGUUUGAUGGAAUCAGAGGAGGCGAGUUUCAUGGAGCUUUUGGGUUCAGAGUUACUCUAUCUUGCUCCUGACCAUGGAGUUUGUGAGAAACUCAGUCUUAAUUCCUCUUUAACCUUCACUCAGAGUUCUUCAUCCUCUUCAACAACAAGUAGUACUGCUGAGGAGGUGACCACUGAAACAAAAGCUCACAAGAAGCAGAAGAAAGGGCCAUCAGCUUAUCUGAGUACCAUCAAGGUAAAAAAGGAUAAGUUGAGAGACAGAAUCUCAACACUGCAGCAGCUGGUUUCACCCUUUUGCAAGUCUGACACUGCCUCAGUGCUGCAUGAAGCUCUUGGAUAUAUUAAGUUUUUGCACGACCAAGUUCAAGUUCUGAGUUCACCAUACCUGCAGCCAAGCCUGCCAAAGACUGCAAGCCUUCAGGAUGAAGAACAGAGGACAAGCGAUUUGAGAAGCAGAGGGUUGUGCCUCGUUCCUAUCUCUCGUACAGAGAACGUGGCAAAUGACAACGGCGCUGAUAUUUGGUCUUCUUCUACCUUUAGAGGAAGCAUCAACCUCUACUCUACUUGAAACACUGAGAAUUAGAGCACUCUUUGGUUUUUGCUACCACUAUUUUUGCAUAAAAAAGAAGGAAACGGUUGAUUUUGUGAAAAAAUUCUUCAUCAAAGAGUGACUUUUUUACGUGAA